CAAACCACAGAGCCGCACGCACACCAUCCUCUUCCUCCUCCUCCUGCACCACACUCACACUAGCUGCACCUGCGCUGCACGCCGGCCUUCCAACUUCCAACGUGCUUCAGUUCUCACUGAUCAUCGUCAGCCUCGCCGUAUGGAUGCCAUGUCGUGCCUGGGGCCGCCACCAUCCACGUCGUUCCUCUCGCCCUACUACACCGACGCCGCCAUCAUGCAAGCGCUGCACUUCUCCUCCAUGUCCAUGCCCGAGCACGAGCACGCUUACUCCCCCGCAGUCUCCUCCCCGUCCUCCGCCUCGGCGCCCUCAUCGUCGUCCCUCCUCCCGGACUUCCCCGGCGGUGGCAGCUGGUUCGCGUCCACGGCCUCCCCGCCGACGGGAUCGCUCGCCUGCGACUCCGUCGCGCCGUCCACACCCGUGGGCGCCGCGACGAACAAGAGGCGGGUGGGCCUGGGGCCCAACGCAGCGGUCGCCGGGCGGGUCGGGAAGCGUCGGGCGAGGCCGUCGAAGCGCGCGCCGACCACGUACAUAAGCACCGACGCCGUCAACUUCCGACUCAUGGUGCAGCACGUCACGGGCGCCCAGGCCGAGCCCACGGCAGACGGCGCACUCCUGCCCGCGUCGGUCGACGCGUCCUCCGCCUCGGCGCUGCUGGACGGCCUCCCUUUCGACGGCGCGUUCGGGGACGCGCUGCGGCUGCCGUCGGACGUCGACGCGGAGGCGCUCCAUCGCCACCACCACCAGCAGCAGCACGCGUGCUACCCGACGCUGGACUCGUGGAGCGUCAUGUGCGAGAGCAGUCAGCUAUAACUUCGCCUAGACGACAGAAGAACACCAACACAAACUCAACAUCACACCAUUAUCUCAGACAAGACUAGCUAGGACUAAAGUAAGCAUUGCACGACGAAUCAGGGACUGUCUGGAUGGUUACCAAAGGUGCACCUUGCCAAUAUUUUGGUCAUGACUAAAACAUUGGCCUUUGUUUGGAUGAAGGGCUUCCUUACCAACUCUGGUAUUUUUUUCUAGUCAAAGUUGUCCAAUCCAUCGGCAAGCAAAACCUCAACCAAAAAUUUGACAAUUGGGCAGUCCUAGGCACAAAACAAAGAGACCUUAGGGCACGGAUAAUGCCAAAAACAGAUCCAUGCACUCUCCAAACCUCUCUGGCAACAGGACAGAGGAAAAAGAACAAUGUUGUAGAGAUUCAAUUCGAUCACAAAAGGAGGAAGAGAGAUUUUCAAUUUUUCAUACCAUUUUUUUCUCUUCACGUCACCCCUCUAGUU